AAAAACGAUGGGAGCCAUGUUUGUAAUGGGAGGUUAAUCGCUAGACCCAGAGCGAUUUAUCAAGCAGAAGGCUUUAGAAUUUGAAUCAGCUGCCUUGGUCCGCUACUCACUUGAUGAUUUACUGCUCAAUUCCCAUGAAGAAGAAUGUCUCAUCUCUUUCAUAAUUUGUUGAACCUGGAUAAACCCUAAUGCUCUGCUGUUUCAUGGUAAGUAGCCUGCAAUGUUUGGUUUUUCCAGUUCAAGAUUAGCUUUGUAUAAGAGUGUUUCUCUGUUUGUCUCAAAUGUCCAACUAGGUAUUCUUCCUUUUCACUCAUUAUUCGCAAUCAGAUCCUCUUCGUCUACCAUAUCUUCUAAUUUGAAUGAGCACUCAUUUAUAGUCAUGACAUACCUUAUAAAUUCAUGUGGAUUAACCCUAAAAUCUGCUCAAUCUAUCUCUAAGAGGAUAUGGUUUAAAACCCCUGAAAGACCCGACUCAGUAUUAAGGUUUUUCAGGGAACAUGGAUUCGCGGAUUCCCAGAUCUCCAAAAUUGUUAAGUAUCGGCCCUGUUUGCUUUUAAUGAAACCAGAAAAGACAUUCUUGCCCAAGCUUGAGUUUCUGCGUUCUAUAGGGGUUUCAAGAUCAGGCGUUCCUAUAUUUGUUUCUAGGAAUCCAGAUUUGUUGGCUCGAAGUUUAGAGCGGUGUCUGAUCCCAAUUUACGAAAUCCUUAAAAGUGUGCUUAUCUCUGAAGAGAAAGUGGUUACGACCCUGAAUCGCAUGGAAAACAGAUCUUUGCAGUCUUUUCACAAAACAUUUUCUAACAAUUUAUCACUCUUAAGAGGACUUGGAAUCUCUCAAUCUUCCAUCUCUUCCUUGGUCACCCAAUGUCCCUCGGUCAUGUGCCAAAAAGUGGGCAAGUUUGCUGAAGUGGUCAAGAAGGUUAUGAAUCUAGGAUUUGACCCUUCAAAAGUUACAUUUGUUAUUGCUGUCCUUGUUUUUCAUUCGAUGUCACACAAAACAUGGGAAUACAAAAUGGAGGUUUAUGGGAGGUUCGGUUUGUCUGAAGAUGAGAUUUGGUCGAUGUUCAGAAAGCAUCCUAAAUGUAUGUCUUUGUCUGAGAAGAAGGUCACUGGCGUGAUGAAUUUUCUUGUGUGCAAGAUGGGUUGGCAGGCUGCUGCUGUUGCCAGAGUUCCAAGCAUUCUUUGUCGUAGCUUAGAGAAGGGGAUUAUGCCUAGAUGUUCAGUUGUAAGAGUUUUGCUUUUAAAGGGUUUGAUUAAGGCCGACAUCCAUUUAUCUUCAGUGUUGAUACCUUCUGAAAAGAGCUUCUUGGAAAGUUUUGUGAUCAAGCAUCAAGAACAGUUGCCUCAAUUGUUAGAUCUCUAUCAGGGAAAAAUGAGUCUUACAGAUCUUGGUUUUGGCUUUGAUGAUAAAUCUGGGAUUUCUGGUAAACCUUGAAUGAGUAACUUUGAUAGCUAACUUUUACUUCUCAUUAGACUCUUUUUUUUUUUUUUUUUUUUUUUGUUCAAUUUGCAACUGGUCAAGUUUUGAAGAUUUUUUUUUUAUAAGCAAAAGAUGGUGGCUUCCAUUUUUCUGUCUUGCAAUAACUUGAAGUUAAGUCUUGCAUUUGAUUGCUUGUUUCCUGUAAACCAAAAUGAUCUAUUUUGUU